AUGUUCUCGAGAGGCCCUCAGCAAGCCGCACGGUCGCCAACAGCAUAUGCCACCGUGAAUGCCGACAUCUUCAAGCCGACCAAGUUCGGCGGCAAGUACACUGUCACGCUGAUACCAGGUGACGGUAUCGGCGCCGAAGUCUCCGAAUCAGUCAAGACUAUUUUCAAGGCAGACAACGUGCCAGUAGAGUGGGAGCAGGUCGACGUCUCCGGUGUCGACACGGGCAACAAACACUCCGAAGAGCUCUUUCGCGAAUCGAUCGCCUCCCUCAAGCGCAACAAACUCGGUCUGAAGGGCAUCCUACACACACCCGUCGAGCGUUCCGGACACCAAUCCUUCAACGUCGCGCUGAGACAAGAGCUGGACAUCUACGCCUCUAUCGUGCUUAUCAAGAACAUCCCGGGCUACGAGACACGGCACAAGAACGUCGACCUCUGCAUCAUCCGUGAGAACACUGAGGGCGAGUACUCCGGUCUCGAGCACCAGUCUGUCAACGGCGUGGUCGAGUCGCUCAAGAUCAUCACCCGCGCAAAGUCCGAGCGCAUCGCCAAAUUCGCCUUCUCCUUUGCCCUCGCCAACAACCGACGAAAGGUGACAUGCGUUCACAAGGCCAACAUCAUGAAGCUGGCCGACGGUCUGUUCCGCAACACGGUCAAGAAGGUCGGCGAGGAGUACCCCACCAUCGAGACGAACGACAUGAUUGUCGACAACGCAAGCAUGCAAUGUGUUUCUCGGCCCCAGCAAUUCGACGUCAUGGUCAUGCCCAACCUCUACGGCGGCAUUCUCUCCAACAUCGGCGCUGGUCUUGUCGGAGGCCCCGGGAUCGUGCCCGGCUGCAACAUGGGCCGCGAAGUCGCCGUCUUCGAGCCAGGCUGCCGACACGUCGGUCUGGACAUCCAGGGCAAGGACCAAGCCAACCCGACCGCGCUCAUCCUGUCCGGCAGCAUGAUGCUGAGGCAUCUGGGGCUGGACGACCACGCGAACAGGAUCAGCAAGGCCGUGUACGAUGUGAUUGCGGAGAACAAGUCGCGGACGCGCGAUAUGGGCGGCAGUGCGACGACGCAUGAGUUUACGAGGGCGAUUCUGGAUAAGAUGGAGACGCUGUGA